AUGUUGAAAACAAGACUUCAGAUAUUGACACAUAGAGUUGUAUCUGUUGGUUCAACACCAAAAACACUCUAUACGCCAUCUAAGAAACCUGAAAGAAAGAAUAGAACUGAGAAAAAGACCUCAGAUCAUGCAGAAAGUAUAGCCAAUACUGAAAUAGAGUGGAGGAAAGAGGAAAUGGCAAAUGAAGAAAGGAAAGCCCGAAACUUAGACCUCGAUGAGACAUUAAUUUAA